AUGGCAGUGACGAGAGCCAAAGACAAUGCGACUGAGACGAAGCCAGAAGACUGGGAGGCUGGCCAGUGCGAUUGCUACCUGACAGACGGCAUUGAACCAGAAUAUUACACCCACCAUCGGUUCUGGGAUUUUAGAAACCUCGGAGACUACGCUGGAAUUCCCGACACGAUCGCUGGAGAGAAUGCAUCCGCUGAAGCCGACGUCACGAGCAAAUACUUCAAGAAAAAAGAAUGGGAAGACUUUUGGGCCAUUCAAAGCUGGAGCAACCGAAGAAGUCACGACACUCUGGCGUACGGCGCCAGAUUCCCCAUGGUCAACUCUGCAAACAACAUUUACCUCCGGAUCAACCCAGACAAGAACCCAGCGUCGGAAACAUACCUCUCCAUGCGAACGAAUCGACAACAAGACUUUCAAGUCGCAUCUGAGUUUGACUCAAUUGAUCGCUUCCAGUUUCUCUCCAUCAGAUUCCUCGGUCGCGUGAGAGGUGCACCCGGCGCUUGUAUGGCGAUGUUCACGUAUGUCCCCGCCGACGAGAUCAAGAACGUGCAAGAAGCCGAUAUGGAAAUCCUCACCCGCGAAGACUACGAUCGGGUUCAUUACACGAAUCAUCCAGGUUACAGCAUCGAAGGCGAAGUAUAUCCCAAAGCAACGCGCAACACAACACUCCCCGAUAAUCUCAAGUGGAACGAAUGGGUAGAGCAUCGCCUGGACUGGACACCAAGCCAAUCAAUCUGGUACGCCAACGGCAAACAAGUUGCCAACAUUUCCUUCCAAGUACCCCGCGAUCUAUCUCUCAUGAUCUUUAAUACCUGGGGAGAUGGAGGUGUUUGGACACAGAAUAUGACGACGGGUGAAGAGGCGUACAUGGAAAUGCAGUGGCUUCAGUUGCUGUACAAUACCAGCGAUACAUCUGAUAAGCGCAAGAGAGAUGAUAAGGGCCCGAAAGGGAGGUUUUUGAGGAAGAGAGGGGAUGAGAAUGUUUGUAGAAUGUACGGCGAGUAG